AUGAAAAGGAAGGGAAAGCCAAAUUGGAAUGUUGAAAUUGAAACGGACAAAGAAUUCAUGCGGGGAUUGCGUGACGUGUUGCUGUGCAGUGGCGGGUUUUGGGUCAAAAGUGGCCGCUUGAGAAAGAUAUACACGGACUGGCUUGUGAUUGUGAUUCAAAAUUGGAGCGUUAAUGGGCUAUAUCUGGU